AUGGCUCCGAACGGACGGGGAGGCAGGCGAGGUGCGGGCGGAGGACGACCCUGGCGGUCUCGAGGGGGAAGAUCUGGGCCAUCUCGAGGAGGUUCAACUUCGCAAGCGGGACGCGUCUGCCCCCACUUCCUCGUCGAACGGUGCACAUACGGCGCGUCAUGCAGAUUCUCUCAUGAUAUUCGAGACAUGCCCCAUGAUGAAGCGUCCUCGUCCGGCCCUGGUAUACCGGACGAGGCGAUGCAAGCCAAGGAGAACUAUGUCAACUUCAGACGCCAAGUCCGCCGACAUAGCGGGUCUAUGGUCCGUCUCUCCGCCGCCAUGUGCACCGAGAUCUGGACCCUUGCAACCAAGAUCCUGGACGCCAGCGGCAACGGAGAGUCACAGCAAUCCGUUGCCCGAGACCUUGCGGACGACGACGGCGUUGGUGGUCUUUUCCUCAUCCAUAAGACCAUCCGCCUGUGCACUACGCUUGAAGACGAUGGAGAGUGCCUCGACGUCGCCCGAGCUUUUCUGCGCACGAUCACACAUCCCUCGUUGCUCCGCUGCUUGUCCAUUGACAGCUUUGUGGGAACGAUCUACCGCAUGAUCGCCGGCGGAAGCGGUGACCAGAGCAUUACCUUCCUUGGGAACCUGAACCGGCGGUUGUCGCAGGAUUCGCAGGAGCCAAGCAGCCUGCUCUCCCUUAUCACGUCGUCACUGUACGAGCUACUCCGGAGGGAGCGGAAGUGCCUGCUUAAUGACGACUUACCCGAGCUGUUGGACGCACUGCAAGACAAGACAGCGCAAUUCAGGGUGGCUGCAGGCGCUUCAGACCUUGACACCGCCACCAUACGGAUUGACAUGAUUCGGAGGAUGGUAGAUGGCGCGCGAGACCGCUUAGCACAGCACGAGCUAGCCGAAACCAGCAUCACCAAAAACGCAAGCCCCAUACACUCGACCUUCCCCCUGCAAGUUGUAAUUCCUGGGGGUAAGCAUGACAACGACUUUGCGGAUGUCACCAGGAUUCAAAUCUUCCCAACUUUCGGAGAGGUGACGAGCGAGCUCUCCGAGUACCUGCCCGUGACCGACCUCACUCAACCACAUUUCCAUGACGAUCCUGUCCGACGGCACCUUGACUCGGCCUUUCGCCUGUUGCGGCACGACAUCUUUGGACCUCUCAAAGAGGCAAUCGCCUCUGUGUUAGCACAGACCGAUGUUGCAUCCUCGAGCAGGUUCAUUAGCGCCAACAUUAGAGCCAACUGCUACUCGAAUGCGACCGUCCAACACGUCUUCGUCGACAAAGAUUUGGAGAUAAUCGUAUCGUUUUCCCAGCCGCCUCAACUGCGCAAGAACUCCCUGGAUGAACGGCGGCGAUGGUGGGAUUGGUCCUCUCGACUCGAGCCCGGUGGUCUUGUCUGUUUGGUCACACCGGGAAAGAACGAACAGUCGUUCUUGCUGUUUGUGGUUAGCAAGAAGAAUACCGGAGAUGUCCCAGAAGGGAAGGUUGCAAGCACUCUGGUGACCCCGACGCCCACCGUCACGGUAAAGCUGGCGUCUGAAAACCAGCAAAAUUUAGCAACACUCAGUCGACUAUUUGUCGAGAAGCGGAAAGGGCUGCUGCUUGAGCUCCCCGGUCUACUCCCCGAGACCUUUGUUCCCAUUCUUGAAAACCUGCAGCGUAUGAUGCGCGAUGGAUACCUGGCCUUUCGACGCUACAUUCUCCCCACGACAGACUCCAGCCCCGGACAAGAACCUACGAAGGUGGCGCCACCGGCUUAUGCGCGGCGGCCGGGCUUCAGAUUCUGUCUGGAAUCAAUCACUCGCGAGGGAUACGCAAAGCUCGAUCUUGACCCGGCCAAUCCUGCGGAGAGCAUCAGCCUCGAGGCUCUUAAGGCUGCCACAGGCCUCGACCGCGGUCAGUCCGAAAGCUUGAUUGCGGCCUUGACGCGGGAGUAUGCUCUCAUACAAGGCCCACCGGGGACUGGAAAGUCGUACGUGGGCGUACAGCUGGUCAGAGUUCUGCUGGAUCACAAGGCCCAGGCAAACCUUGGUCCAAUCGUCGUGAUCUGUUACACGAACCAUGCCUUGGAUCAGUUUCUGAAACAUCUCCUGGAUGUGGGCAUCGAGAAGAUCAUUCGGAUCGGAGGCCAGAGCCGCGCAACGGAACUAGACGGCAAGAACUUGCGGGUAGUGAGCAGGCACGAGGCAAAGACGGCGGUCGAAAGCCGGAUCCUUGGCCAGAGCUAUUCAGAGCUCGAGAAGUGUAUCCUGAGCGUUGGACACCGCUUGAAGCCUCUUCACCAUGCCCGCAAGGAUCGACUGGCCUGGAAUCACAUGCGGCUCUUCUUGAUGAAGCAUCACGCACAAAUUGCGCGUCAGCUUGAGACACAGGACAAGAAGGAAUUUGUCACGGUCAGGAGCGAUCCACUGAAGACGUGGCUGGGAAGAAAGUUGACUCUGGGUUUGUGGGAAAGGGAUCAUGCGGGAGUCUCAGUCGACAUCACUGAGCUUACGGUGCGUGCCGAACACGACAUUUACUCACUUACACAACACGAGCGUGGGGUGCUGGCCAAGGCCUGGGUGGAGCAGUUGAUCCAAGAACAGAGCGACAGCGUUUUCGAGCUGCUUGACCAGGCCAAACGCUACCGAGAACAGAUCAGUGACGUCCACGACGACGUGAGCCGUCGGACGCUCUUACAGGCCGAUGUUGUGGGAGUGACAACGACAGGGCUGGCUCGAAAUAUCAAGAUGCUACGACGUCUUGGAGCCAAAGUCAUCAUUUGCGAAGAAGCAGCCGAGGUGAAAGAGCCGGACCUGAUCUCUGCGCUCAUGCCCGGAGUUGAGCACUUCAUCCAGAUCGGUGACCACAGACAGCUUCGGCCGCAGAUCCAGAAUUAUCUUCAUUUUAGCCUCGAGACAUCAGCUGGGCGAGCGUACCAACUUGAUCGCAGCCAGUUCGAGCGCCGAGCCGUGGGGGAGCCGGGAUUGCCGCCCUUGCCGGUUGCGCAACUCAACGUCCAACGGCGCAUGCGACCUGAGAUCUCCAAGCUUAUCAGGAGUGUGUAUCCCAAGCUUGAGGACCAUGACAGCGCCAGAAACCUUCCAUCCGUUGUCGGGAUGCGUGUCAACCUCUUCUGGCUCGAUCACAGCCACCCGGAGGACUCCAAGGACGACGGCGCCCGGGUUAAGUCGCACAGUAACCCCUGGGAAGUGGCGAUGGCUGCCGCCCUGAUUCGCCAUCUCGUCCGACAAGGCAAUUACAGCAGCGCGGACAUUGCGCUUCUGACGCCGUAUACCGGCCAACUUCAGCAACUCCGGGCCGUACUGGACAAGGAAUUUGAGGUGGUCCUGAGCGAUCGCGACCGCGAGACGCUGUUGGAGGAAGGAUUCGAGAUCCAGCAGGAAGGGAGUGACGAGGACGGCGAAAAGAACACAGUUGCACCGAGGAAGGCGAUCGAAAAGAAGCAGUUGUCGCAGGCGAUCCGUCUGGCAACUGUUGACAACUUCCAAGGGGAAGAGGCCAAAGUCAUCGUCGUGUCUCUCGUCCGGAGUAACAACAACUGCAAAGUCGGCUUUCUGCGCACCGAGAACCGCAUCAACGUCCUGCUCAGCAGGGCGCAGCACGGCAUGUAUCUCAUUGGAAACGCGGGAACAUAUCAGCACGUUCCGAUGUGGGCGGAUGUUCAGCGGCAACUGGCUGAGAUGGAUGCUGUUGGCACGUCCAUUGCUUUGUGCUGCCCCCGGCAUCCGGACACCCCAAUUUUCUGCUCCGAGCCCGGGGAUUUUGCUAUCAAAAGCCCGGAAGGAGGUUGCGCUCUGAUCUGCGACCAGCGUCUCGAGCCAUGCGGCCACCGAUGCCCGGCGCCAUGCCACUCUCAACAGCUUCACGACGCUUUCAAUUGCCUGCAACCUUGCCCUCGGCUCCGAUCAACCUGUCAACACCCAUGUCCAAAGCUUUGUGGCCAGCAAUGCGGACCAUGCAAUGUGAAUGUCAGCGGCGUGAAGCUGCCCUGCGGCCACACCCAAGACAACGUAGCUUGCCACAGGACGCUUGAUUUGCCAUCCAUCAAGUGCUCCAAGCUUGUCGAAAGGGAGGUGCCGGGCUGCGGACACACCGUAACGGUUCCUUGCUUCAGAGAUGUCACAUCGGAAGGGUUCUGCUGCCCAACAGAAUGCACAGAGCUGCUGGAGUGCGGUCACGAGUGCCCCGGCCCAUGCGGACGGUGCCGAAGGCUUGGUGACAAUGGGACGGUUAGUUUUGGCCACCAACAGUGCAGCAAGAUCUGUGGCCGGCCGUAUGGUACAUGCAAUCACCGCUGUCCGAGAAUAUGCCACGAUGGACAGCCUUGCGGAACCUGCACGCAGAACUGUGAGGUCCGAUGUUCACACUCUCGUUGCCACCAAGCUUGCCAGAUGCCCUGUGCUCCAUGCAUUGAGAAGUGUACUUGGUCCUGCGAGCACAAGGGCUCAUGCUCGUUGCCAUGCGCAGCGCCUUGCGAUCGACUCCCCUGUGAUGAACGCUGCACCAAAAGGCUACAGUGCGGACACCAAUGUCCCAGCUUCUGCGGGGAAGACUGCCCGCAGGAACUGUGCCAGGCGUGUAGCAAUCGAAAGGACACGCGGGUGGAUCUCAUGGAGUUCAAGACAUACGGCGAGAUCGACCUAGACCAGACGCCCAUUGCUGUGCUUGGCUGCGGUCACUUCUUCACGGGAGAGACACUGGACGGUCUGAUCGGAAUGAGCAGUGUUUACACGACAGACAACCUCGGCAACUACAAUGGUCUGCGGGAAGUCGCCGGAGAAUUCGCCGCUGUCCCGGCCUGUCCAGACUGCAGAGUACCCAUCCGUCCGUUUGCUACGAAACGGUUCAACCGGGUCGUUAACAAGGCCAUCCUGGACGAAACCUCCAAGCGUUUCCUGGUCAGUGGCCGCCACAGGUUGGACGAACUUGAGAAACGGGCAACGGACGUAGAGACAGGGCUUGCCGACUCUAGGGAUGCCGAAAAGGUAAAGUCGGACCGGUACAAGGCUGCCACCAAUUUGGUGAAAGGGGCAGCUAAGCUGCGGCGAGCCAUGGAGGCAGAGCAUCAACCAACGAAGAAGCUCUGUGAUGCCGUCCAGACCUUCCAGAGGCUUGAACGCGAGCGGGCCACCUCGGGGUUAGAGCAGAAGCUACAUAAAUUGAGCCUCUUGCAGCCCAGCGAAAGCCCGGUGAAGGUCAGCCCGGCCCCUCCACAGCCUGUCUACGACCAGCAAAUUACCCUCGGCGCUCAACGUCUGCAGCUCCGCAUUCAAGAGGCCAUCCUGCGCGACGCUUUCACUCUUGUCUCAUCUAAGCGUGCCGACGAUCUGGCCCUGUCCGCCCUCCUCGGCGGGCAGAUCGACAAGCUGAGCGCCCGUUUCCUUCAUCAAUGUGAGGACCUCAUCGCCAAAGCCUCCGAGGCCAAGCUUCACCGCCUUGUCGUGCCAACUUGCCUGGGCUACGCACGCAUCGCCCAGCUCGAUGGCUGGUACCGCCGCGCCGUGUUAGCUAGCGGGACAAUAGCUUCCCAGGACAAAGAAAAGAACCAAAAGGAAGAAGACCGCACCGAAACCGCCCGUCACCUCCUCACCGACGCCCUGGCCCUGUGCGAUAGGUUCCCCGGCGGGGUAGACUACCGUAGUGAAGUGGAGGAGACGAUGCGACUAUUUGAGAGCGCGCGGUACGAAGAGGUGACCCCCGCCGAGAUUGCGGCCAUCAAGGCGGCCAUGGUGUCUGGGCCCGGGGGCAUCGCGACGCAUUCCGGGCAUUGGUACAAAUGUCGGAAUGGACAUCCUUUCGUAAUUACUGAAUGUGGGAUGCCAAUGCAGAUGGCGAGAUGUCCCGAGUGCGGUGAGGGGAUUGGCGGACAGAAUCAUAUGCCCAUGGAGGGCACGCAGAGGGAUAUGCAGAUGGAGCUGGCCUGAGGUAGACCGUAAGUUGGCAUUCACGGCGUAAGUCUAGGACCCUCGGGGUUCUGCGUCUCGCUUUCCUAGAGCAGUGUUCGGAAUCGACUGUUAAGGCUUGGGGAUGUGGGGGAAUCACGUAGGUAGGAAUAUUUGUUGAAGAC